AUAAUAACGAUUAUGGCAAAAAUGUUCACUCCUGUGACAUACUUUUAACCUUUCUAAGCUGUCAGUGGGAACAAAUGAGAGCGGUAGUGGUUGCCCUAAUUCUGCUCUUUGGACAAGUGCCUGACAUCUGCUUCAUUGGGUUUUAGUCUUUACUGGUGUUGGUGCUUUUGUCUGUCAUACCAGAGUAUUUGAAAACUUCAAUUGCUUCUACUCUGCAGGUUAAUGUGACUCCAAAAGGGCCCCCUCCUUUCCCAGGAGUCCCUCUUAUGAGCACCCCCAUGGGAGGCCCUGUACCACCACCCAUUCAAUAUGGACCACCGCCUCAGCUCUGUGGCCCUUUUGGGCCUCGGCCAAUUCCUCCACCCUUUGGCCCUGGUAUGCGUCCUCCACUAGGCUUAAGAGAAUUUGCACCAGGAAAAUGGGACCUGCCACUCCACCCUCUGGAAUUUUUACCAGGACACACACCAUUUAGGCCUUUAGGUCCUCUUGGCCCAAGAGAGUACUUUAUUCCUGGUACACGAUUACCACCCCCAACCCAUGUUCCCCAGGAUUACCGACCACCACCUGCCAGAAGAGACGUACUGCCGCCAGGCUCAAACGAUGAGCCUCCUCCUGCCUCUCACAGCACUAGUCAGGACUGUUCACCGGCUUUAAAUCGGAGCCCAUAA